AAAAGUCACCAUUUUUACCAGAGUAAACCAUGAAAUACGUUUUUAUGAUGAUAUCAUAAGGAAACACUGUAGAUGUUUGUGCUGAAGUUCAUAUAUAUAUUUUAAGACCUAAAAUUGUCGUUAACUUCUCUGCACAUUUCAGGAACAGUCUGAACUGAAAGUAACUUUCUCCAUCUUCAAUGUCUUCAUCACCAGAAAUGGACAAACAGGGUUGAAUGAAGUAAGAAUGGAUUAUAACCUUGGGCCAGAUUCCAACCAAACCUUAUUGGAUGUUUGGAUAAUUCAUUUCCUCUCCUCCUCCCUCCUCUGCAGCCCCAGCACAUAUAAAUACAUACACUCUCCAUAUGCAAUAUAUUGGGGUUUCAGACAGGAUCAAGGGCUCACUUCUCACAUCCGGUCAAAAUACACAAACUGCAAGUCAGGGUGGUGUGCAAAGGUGGGUUAAAGCUCUCCUUCAUUCAUGGUGCUGCUAUGCAGGACUGCUCCCUCCUGUGCUGUGUUUAGAGGAGCCCUCAGGCUGCUCUACCUUUAAUAUGGUUUUUAAUAGCCGGAAGAGGCCAAAAACAUAGCUCAGGUUUGUUGUGAUAUAGGGGCACCCCAAACUCUCUCCCGCUUAAGUAGCCAUGAUUCCUUGCCUUGUUAAGUUAGCAGCAGGGAGGGUGUUUGCCAUUCAAGACCAAAGAUAACACUAAGCUGUGUGCCAAUGUUUGAUUCUCAUGAUCUUCCCUGGGCUGGUUAAGACAAGCAUACAGGGGUGCUGGAACAAUUUUUAUAGUGGAGGUGCUGAGAGUUCUUGAACCAAACUGUAGACCCUGUAUAUAAAGGAAACCACUUCAAGCCGGGGGUUGUGGCAGCACCCCCAGUAUCCUUAGUGCCAGCAUCUACAAAAAAAUGUGAUCAAAUUCCAUCAGUAGCGUAGCACAAAUCAGUCACAUUAAACCUGAAGAUCUGGCCCUAAACUUGCAAGGACUGAAAUGCCAUUAUUGGUGUCUUUGGAGUGACGGUAUUUUAGAACAGGAGAAAAUGCUGAGUUUAUUAAGAGGAGCUCAGUUCAGUUAAUCUAAAGGAAACUGCACCUAUUAGAUGGAGAGAGAAUUCUUUUUCAGUCUGGUACAAACAAAACUUCACACGCACACGCUCCCUAGCUGCUAUCAAAUGUUAAACUAUGUAAUCACAACACAGUCUCAUGAGCUGAUUAUACUUUGUGAGAACAAACCUGUUGCUAGCUACUUAUGGUAAUAGACUUAAUCAAAUUAACUCUUUUAUGGGUGUCAGACUGCAAUAAGAGUGUCAUCUUGAAUUAUCUCCUACACAAAGAAAGACAGGAACUUGUCCGUAUGAUAUUCCAAACCAAAAAGAUUGGAGUACAUUUUAAUAGAAAUCUAUACUUUUUGGAUGAUUAUCGUGUAGUCAAAACAGCUUGAGGUUCACCUGGAUCUACAGUAGUUUUUAGGCUGUAAUUAUUCUAUCUGCUCAGGGUUGUAGUACACCCAACCUCUAAGGUACUAGUAGUGUGUCGGAGAUACUGCAACUGGGAGGUAAGGCAUGAGGUGCUUCAGUUGCUAGGCCUUGUGCUAGCCCUGGUGUGUCCCAAUAACCCCCUAGACACUUGGAAAAAGGAAAGGGGCAUUUUACUAGGGCUGGUAGGAGAGGUAAAGGUUGCAAAUACCCUAGGUAUAGUGGCUUAAACAGUUAGAGCUCAAAGUGAAACAAGAGUGGUUCUUAUGUGGGCCCACUAAACAGCUUUUCAGACCUAGUGCCUAGGGUGCUUUCUCCAGUCCAGUUUUCUAUUAAAAGCUAGUAAGACUGUGCAGAUUUCCAGGCCUGGAUCAGUUAGUGGUGUGGCUCAUUAGAACCCCUUUAUGCUGGCUCCCUGCCCAGUCUCUGCUGCAUCCACACAUACCUGAACCUGGCUGCAAUGUCCAUCAGUCACUGUUCCAUAUGUGGUUGCCCAGCUCCUACUGCAGCCUGCUCUGAACGCAGUUACCUGGAAGUUCCCCUGUGCAAUCAGCUUCUCUGCUGCUCCACUUGCCCAAGUGCCAGGUUACUUUGUGGGUCAGGGUUUCUCAUAGUUUCUGCCCCUUUUCCUUACUUGCCAGCGGAAAGGGAUGAGCCUGAAUGUCCAUCCCAGAGGGUCAGAGAUCAGAGGAGAAGGGGUUCCUGCUUGGCAGACUGAUCACAAGAGUUUUUCUCCUUGCUUGGUAUCAGUAGAUAGAGCCAGACUGAGAUUUCCAAAGCUGUCUAGGGGAUUUAAAGCACCUGUAUCAUUAAAAUCAAUGGAAGAUCUGUCUAACCCCGCUAGACAGCUUUAAUGGUCUCCCCUUCAACAGCUUGUAGUUUUAGCUUUUCAGACCUGAGGUAACAUGAUGAUGGCAGUUGGUGACUUGGAUGCCACUCCCUGCUACACUCACAAACGCACAGCUUGCUUACGUUAUAUGAACGUGCCCCUCACAGUGUGGCCAGCUCUUGUGAUCUUUUUUUUCCCCUUUGUCAUGAGUGAUGGGAUUUUGGCUGGUCCGGAGCCAGUUUCAUAAUGAUGUAAGUAGCCCAAGCCUUUUAGUGUAUUUGAGCCCUCUGGUUAUUUUUCCCCAAGAGGUGGCCAAAUGGGGCAGGCAGCCAACCAGAGCUGCCACAGGAAAAGCGCUGUCUCCUCCUUCCCUCUGCAACAACCCAAAGCCGUCCUCAUAAGAGGGGCAUGGGGAGGAGAUAGCAGAAAGAGCCCAGCAGCUCAGGGCAACUCCCACUGCUCUGCCCUCCUCCCCUCUGCAGCACUCGGCCUUGGGGCAUGGAAAGGAGCAGCAGGGGUGAGGCAGCUGAAGAGCCUUGGAGCUGCCCCUCCAGCCUGAAAGUGGACCCCUUUUCAGCCCCCUCCCACACACCUAGGAGAGGAGGAUGAAGAACCCUGGAGGAGCAGCAGAGGAGGCCGGGUUGCACUGAUGUGAGAGUUAGGGGCGGGGGCUACCAGUGACUGAACUGAUACAGGGAUUGAAGGGACAGGAGUGAUUCAGAGGCUGGGGGCAGAAUGAAUUGCUGGGCAGGGGAUGGGCUGAUGUGGGGAUGAGAGCUGCAGCAAUGGCCAAAAUCUACUUAUCUAAUAAAUUUGGGAGAGUGGGCCUCAGUAAUUGUGGCUCUCUUGGGGUUGAGGGUGGGGGAGCAUUCAAAAAUCAAGACUGAAACCACUAUGUAAUCUUUUCUCUUUUCUUUUCUUUUUUUUUUUUAACCCUCAUAUUUUGAGUCUAACUCAUGAUUAGUAAUCUCUCUCGAGGUUGGCAAUACUACCCUCACUUAUUUUUAUCUCACGUUUGUAGGCUGACUCAUUGUACAGUACAUCGGGGAAGGUGUUCUGUAAAUUACACGAACUGGUGGCUUAAGAGCGAAGGGAGCUCGUAACCACCAGGAAUAUUCUGAGACCUCUCCAGGAGCCUCUGGGUCAGGCAAUCACUACAUGAAACAAAGCCAUGAACCCAGAGGAUACAGUCCCAGUCCACUCCUUGCUCCAUGGAAUUUCCCUUGUUUACCCAACUUGCUGAGAUCACUUGCUUGUAAAUUUGUGCUGAUCCUGGCUGCUGACGUCUCAAAUCUUGACCCUGAACUGACACCAACAUUAUCACAGCAGAAACAGGAAGGAAGUGAGUCUUGUCGGUAUUUGCCUUAAAGUCAAAAUUUCUCACAGAAGUGGAAGCAAUGAAUGGUCGUGUUCCUGAACCUGAAUGUCAGGCUAUUGAAUUACAAGGUGGGAGAGAACUUGAGGAGGAAAAUGAGGUGGACCAUAAUAAACCUCUUAAUCCUGAAGCAUCCAUAGCAAAUAAGGGGAGAGCCUACUACUGGAAGUCUUGUCGAGACACAAUUUUUUGGAAAUGUAAACUAUGGAUGGUUAUAUCUUCAGUUUUCCUAGGGCUCCUUCUAGUGAUUAUUAUCAGCUUAAUUCUUUAUUCAGAGGUUUACAUCGAUGAAGAUGAAUAUUGGGAUCCUGAAUCAGUAUCAAGUGGAAACUAUCGCAAUUUUUCUGGAAGACUACAAGUAAAGUGUGUUGCUCAAUCAAAUUAUUCAGAAGAUCUUACUAAAAGGCUAAUAGAUGUCUACAGUUCGUCUCCAGCCCUGGGGCGCUAUUUUAUCACUGCUCAAGUGGAUUCCUUCAGUUAUGAAAAUGCCACUGCCUUCUACCAGUUGGUAUUCUCCUUGCCACCAGUGGCUGAUGAGUUCAUGAAGUACACGAUGAGUGAAGAGUUUGUGAUGAAUGUCUUGCGACAAAAUAUUUAUGAUCAGGAAGAUACUUAUGAUCAGGAAGCACCUGAAUGUACCAAGAUAAGGCUUGAUCCAGCUUCUCUCACGCUAACUUAGUAACAGCGGAAAGACUCCUAGUUCAUCACAGCCACUUAAGGACAUGUGCUUCCUGUAUCUAUUAACAUCCUGAGGAAUGAGAAUUAAUUUCAUUAUUUUGAAACGUUUCUGAAGAAUAUGGCUGUAUUGUGAACACUUUACACAAUGCAAUAGUGUAUGUCGCGAAUGCAAUAUAUUUAUCACAGCUAAUUACACUUUGAAUACAGCCAUCUCCUUCACUGCUGUCCUGACACUCACUCCACCCUUCUCCAAUCCACUUGAAGCUUUGUUGCCAAAAAUCAUGUAACUUGCCUGAUGCUGAGCACCUUAAUCCACUUUUGCAGCACCUUCACUGAUUUUAUGUUGCCUUUUUAAUAGAAUCCAGAACUUGUUCUUCCCUUCAAACCCCUCCAUAAUCUAGCUCCUUUCUAACACUCCACUCUUCCCACUCUACUGCCAGUCACAUUUUCCUCUUUGCGCAUGCCAAGUAGUCCAUGCAGUUGCCCCUUGAACUUUGUUUCCCACACUCACCUCCCAGCUUUAUUCAUGCUGACUGCAUCCACCAUACUUCAUCCCUCAACCUGAAAUCCCACUUUAAACCCAUUUCUUGCAAACUGUACAUGCUUAAAUACUUCAGUGUUUUCCUGAUUUUUUUUAAAAUGACUUUCAAACUCUUGCAUUAGUCUCUUCCAGAGACCUCUGUCAUGUUGCUCUCUUUCUCAUUCUUCCCUUUUCUCUCCCUCUCUGUGGAGAUGUCUGCUCCUGUUUCUUGCCUUAAUUUAGAUUGAUUGUAAGCUCUUAUGGAGCAGUGACUUCAUCUUUAUUGGUACAGUGAAGUGUCAUGUACAUUUAUGAUGCUCUACUAUUGUCUCGUGGCCUGGCCCUGCAAACACUUUGUCACAAGUAUUUCCAUUCCAUUCAAUGGGAUUAUUGAGAUGAGUAAAGUGAAUUUAGGACUGCUGUACCGCAGAGGUGUGUAGGAUAAAUGUGCUCCUCAGCGACAUGUUCCAGUAUACAGUGUUCUAGGAAUUGCUCAUGGGUCAAUAUAGCUGUUUACUUGCUAACUUAAUAGAAUUAGUCCAUAAUAUGUGUGUCAAAUGGCAAAUAUUUGACACAACUAUACCUUGUUUUUUUUUUUAAAAGCCCGUCUUUGAGUCCAUAUCCUGAUUGUCUACAGGGCUCAAGAAAUACUCACCAACACUACAUAUACAGAUAGGAUAUAUGACCAGAAAUGGGUUUUUUUUGCCUUUUGAAUGAUCAAAUACUGGUCACAGUUGUAGGCAAAACACCUGACUAAAUUGGUCAGUGGUAACAUCAGGCAAAUCCGUUGUUUCUAAGCAUGUCACUUCCAGGGGUGGCUCUAGGUAUUUUGCUGCCGCGGGCACGGCAGGCAGGCUGCCUUCCAUGGUUUGCCUGCGGGAGGU